GAAAUUAUGGACCUGGCAGACUCUACUACUCCAUUGCCGGAAUGGUUCACCGAUGAAGAUCUUGCAGCCUAUGCUUCUCUGUAUGAGAAGUCCGGGUUCAAGUUCCCACUCCAAAUGCCAUAUAGGUCACUGACCAAGUGGGCUUACGAAUCUGAUCCCAAAGUAGAAGUCCCUGCGCUGUUGGUGAUGGGUGAAAAGGACUACUGUCUCAAGUUUCCAGGAGUGGAGGACUACAUCAGGAGUGGAAUGGUGAAGAACGUUGUGCCUGAUCUGGAGAUCAUAUACAUGCCUGAAGGAAGUCAUUUUGUUCAGGAGCAGUUCCCUGACCAAGUGAACCAGCACAUCAUCAAAUUCCUUAAGAGCCAUGUCUGAGCUCUAGUAAAGGUUUCUAUGUGAUGUUAAACCAACAGGUAAUCUGUCGGGCACCUAUAAGAACAGAUUUUUUAGUUUAGUAAGUUGAAUGGAUUUUCUGAUGAUGUGAUGUUAAACCUUGAUUCUGAGUUACUGUUCUAGUCAAUUUGAUGAAGCCAUGGUACGUGAUUUUCUUUAGCUAAA